GGAAACAGCAAACACUACUGUAGCUUCGUCAACAUUGAACAUUGAACACACAUUCAUUUCAUUCGAUGAAAUUUACUCGUCCGAUGAGGUUGCAGUAAAUGAAUUUUUCGCCGCACGUAGUUUUUAUCUCUUGUAAUAUAAUUUUUACGAGUAUUAUGUGUAGUUACUUGUAAUACGAUUACUCUAUUGUAUAAUCAUUACUACGGUUGAUUUGUGAUGUAACCGAUCGACAGAAUUUCAAUUCAAAUCGUGUAUUUGGCGCGAUUUUUUGGUGUUUAUUUUCGUUUUUUUUUUUCAACUUGAUGACGAUUACCGUCGAUACGGUGUAAUCGUUAAGAAAUUUUUUUUCACAUCUCCGUUCAUAUCGUUGAGUUUUUCUCGCGUGUUUCAACCUUGAGAGGUACAUUUAUAAUUCUGGUGUUUCAGUUUCGGAAAAUACUCUCGAUUUAUUCAGAAGUUUAUUUGGAUAUUUCGCGAGUAAAGAUAUCAAUAAGUUUCUACUUGAAUUUUUUCGCUGUGAAAUCGUGUUGCUGAUACUUUGAGCUAGACUGUUUAGAAUUCUGCGUAUCAGCAUUACUAGUCUACUCAAAUGACCCAAAUUUUCAUCUUUAAUUGGAAGAUUCGAAAAUAUCAGAUCUGCAAACAUGAAGUUAACGACGACUGCGCCAAUAACGAUAUCACGAUUUCAUAAACGAUCUUCGAAAGGAAGUAGUUACAAGAAAUUCCUCAUCAAUCAGAAGUCCAUUAAUGGAGUGAAAAGGGAGAUUUUAAGGGAUGCGUCGCCUUGCGACAAUUCCGAUGAUUCGUUACACGGUGUGGAAAAUAACGCGGAUUAUUUAUACGAUUCCGCCAUACCGCAUCCGUCCGUGUUCAAAUUUGCCAACUCCCAGAAACGAUCUAUCGACGACUCAUUUCAGUUGAAUUUGAAACGCCAUCGAGUAUUAGAUGGUAAAGAACAUGAUCUUGAAGAUGGAUAUUCGUUUCCUGUGUCACAUAUAACAUUACCAAAUUCAAAUUCUAUUUGCGUAUCUGGUGGAAUGCAGAACUCUGUACCGGCGGCUUCGAAAGCCAUACGUAGAUCAGCCGUUCCGACAAAACGGUCAUCAGCUCCGGUUACCCUUUCGUCGCAACUUAGUGCGACGUCCCGAAAUGGCAAAGUCGGUUUGCAAAUUCUAAAUCAGCCCGAGCAGCAGCAUCGAGCACGUUAUCAAACAGAAGGCUCUCGAGGGGCUGUCAAAGAUAGAACCGGAAACAGUUUUCCAGUUGUCAAGAUUACCGGGUACAACAGACCUACGACAUUGCAAGUAUUUAUCGGCAGCGAUCAGGGACGCGUUACGCCUCAUAUGUUUUAUCAAGCGUGCCGAGUGACUGGUAAAAAUUCGACUCCCUGUGUCGAGAAAAAUAUCGAAGGUACUAUCGUCAUCGAAAUCGAUACUGAGCCAACGAAAGACAUGAUUGUUACAUGCGACUGUGUUGGCAUAUUGAAAGAAAGAAACGUAGACGUUGAACAUAGAUUUCCGGAAGAAUGUUCCAGUCGUAGUAAGAAAAAAUCGACUCGGUGUCGUAUGGUGUUCCGAGCAGUGAUCACGAACGACGACAAUAGCACCGAAACGCUGCAAAUCGCAUCUCAACCUAUUGCUUGCACUCAGCCACCGGGUAUACCAGAAAUAUGCAAAAAAUCGUUAACCCACUGCCCAGUUGCCGGCGGCAAGGAGUUAUUCGUGUUAGGCAAAAAUUUCCUAAAAGAUACGCAAGUACGAUUCUACACCGAUGACUGGGAACAGACCGUAACUCCGGAUAAAGAAUUUUUACAACAGACGCAUUUAGUUUGCGUGGUGCCGGCGUACAAAAAUCUCGAUAUCAACGAACCGGCUGCAGCCAAAGUCGCUAUCGUCUCUGGCAAUCGUUCCAGCGAGCCUCAUACGUUCACGUACACGCCCAUCUUACCGAUCGCAUCUUCGCCGCUGAGCUGCUCAACGUCCAAGUCUCCAUCACUGUCUAACAGGCUUAGUCCUACUGGUAAUGUGAGCAAAAUUGUCGACUCUGGUAUUCUGAAGUCGUCCGACGCUAACACGACAGAUACAUCUGAAAAUCCUGACUCAGGACUGAACAAAAUUACUGAAAAUAUCAAAAAAUCCAACUCACCCACAGAUGAUUGUGAGAACGUGAAGCCGUCAGUUUUACUGUGGUCAGCAUCUAAUAAUAUGAGUUCGCCUACGGAUAAUAGACACUGUACCUAUGUACUGAAUGUUAGUUCGGAGAUGUCAGUGCCGCCGGCACAGUUGUUGCAUCCUUCAACAACGCCUCUGGUUAGGAGAUCUUCAAUACAAAGAAUUGUACCUCUGAGUCGUUUGGGUAGUGCCAGUCAGGCAUCCUCUACUGAAAUUCUGUCAAAUAUUUCUUCUGGGGCCGUUAGAUCGCCUCCUGGUGUUGCAACUCAUUAUCCAGACCCUUUGACUGUAUCUCAUUCGUUGGCUACUGGCCCAGUCCCAAACUAUUUUCAGGCAACAGCAGCGUAUCGAAGUGCUCUGUCUGAUGUUGUUGAUCCUUUGUUAUUGAAACCAGUUAUUAUUCCAAAACUGGAACCAUUGUCAGAUUGUUCGACAUCAUCGUCAACAAAUUCAUACUCGCCACCAGGCCUAUCCUCUUCCCAUUUAUCUCAGCUUUCUGAUAUUGCUGACGGCUCUGGUGCUAUAGAGUCUAAUAACAGCAGUCUACCUUCUAGUGCUUCUAUGGCCGCUUCAACUCAGUCAGGCGCAUAUUGUUCAGAAGAUCGUGGUGUUGAGAAUUCAUCAGCAUAUAGCAGUUCGAGCAUUGUGAGAUCUGUCAGUUAUCACUUGUCACCUUCAUCAUCUACUGGCAUAGUUGAGCAUUCUAAUUACACAAACUUGGUCAACAAUGAAAAUGGUGGUGCAACAUAUCCAACAACAUUAAAUGCUGCUGCAGCGCUGAUGUCACCACCUAACAACGUAAUGCCAGUUGUUAAUUUGGCAGAAACAUCUUACAAUCAGACAGCUAGUAAAGCUGUCAAUAAUGAAAGCAAAUCGUUCCAAUUCAAUCAGCUGUUUGAUAUGAAAUCGUCCCAACAGCAGCAACAACGUACCAAUCAAGAGAAUUUGCAAACUGCUGGGGCUGUCAUUUGUUAUAAAAAUGCUGUGCUAAGUGCAGCAGGUCAACAGAGUCAAGCAAAUUCAGUCAUAUCGGGGACCUACCAGAACUACUACCAAUAUGGAGGUGGUAGCAAUGACUCCAAUGAAGGUACAGUCAACUCUACUGCUUGUGGCAAUGUCAACCAAUCAUCAUCGUCUGGUAGUAACAAACUGUCCCAAAGUCACGGAGUUGAUUUGUCAUUGAUGGUUGCUUCCCAUUCCUCUUCAUUAUUGAGUAAUUUCAAGUCAUCUCCUUUGAUGCUCAGUGGAGACAGUGACUCAACGACCAAUGAUCUGCCUGCUUGCUCAAUAGUUGACAGCCAACAACAAAAGCACAAUUCUUCUAUGGACGGAUGUUCAUUUUUGAACUCGGUGUCUACAGUUGCUGCAAUGAAUGAAUAUGGCAGAGGCAGUGGUGCUAAUUCAAUGAUGUUGGAUAAUGGUAGUGUAAACUCAAUGCCCAAAUUGGACGCAUUAGUUAAUGAUGCGGCCGAUAGUCAUAUUAGAUCUGCUUUGGGGUUAGUAGGCUCGUCGUCAUCUUCAUCGGUGAGCCAGUGCAGUAGUAGUGAUCGUUCUCAUUCGAUGUCUUCAUUAAACAUGUAUCUAUCAUCUUCAACAUCAUCAUUAUCAUCAUCACCAUCUAAGCAGCCCCACCACCAACAACAACAACAACAAUUACAACAGGUGAAUGAUACAGUCUCACAUGCCAACCGUGUCCAAUCAUCUGAUGCUACAUGCUCCACGUUGACCUCUUACCAACAGCUCAUGGCGCCGACAUCCAAUCAGCCAAGUGCUAUGUCCAAUUGUACAAAAAUACUCUCUACCUCAGCCAGUUCGGAUUCACUGGUUCAAAUGAAAGUCAAUGAUACGGACACAUGUGACAACGUUUCUAGACAGAUUAGGAAAUCUGAAGAGGGUGUGUUUCCUUCAGAGAUUAGUCAAAUGACGGAAAGUGACCUUCUUAGUUAUAUAAAUCCGAGCUGCUUCGACCAAGUGCAACGGUAAUUAACUUUUAAAUGAAUGAAGAAAUGCCGUUUAAGGAAAGUCGAGUUUGUGGUUGAAUCAAGAGUUGGAUGACUGAAGUAAACAAUGACAGCAGCUCGAUUAUGGGGAAAUAUUCGGAUCGUUAAUAUCGUUGAAGAUCAUCUUUAUCUUGUCCGUACUGUAAAUAAAAUCCACGUAUCUAUGCUACAAUCCAUUGUGUUCUAUCAAGCUGGCAUUUUUGUUUUUAUUUUGUAAAUAAUUUAUUAUGUUUUUUGAUAGGUAAUAUUGUGAUUCAAGUAUUUUGUAGUAUUAAUAUGUGUAUACCUACCUCUUAAGCGUUUUUAUUUGUUUCUUUUUCUUUUUCUUUUUUUUGUCUUGUAGAGAUGACAAAACCAUUUCUAGUAGUUUUUUUUUUGUUAUUGUUUGUUUUUCUCUUUCUUUUGCAUGCCGUAGUUGUUUUUUUGUCGUUUUAUUUUUAUUUUACGAUGUCGAUCGAUGCGUUGUAAUUUAUUUACAUAAAACAUUUUAAUAAGUGUA